AUGCAUAUUCUGGUUUCGCUUCCCCUUGAUACGCCGGUUGAGGCCGAUAUUUUACUGGCAAAUGUUCGACAAGGUUUAGGGUCCGUUGGUAAGAAUUGUGAACUGUUGCCUUUGUUCACUAUCGAAGGUGAAUCAAUUGAUUGUCUGUUUGAAUGUGAGGAACGGGUAAGCCUUUUGGAAGAGUUAAUUCAGGACUGCAUUAAGCGCUACUUGGUAACGGGUGCUUCUUUAUCAAAAGAGCCUGUUUCGGGUUUAAGUUUACUAGGCAAGACUUUUGACCACUUCUUAAAGUCUUUCCAAUGGGACCGUACGGCUUAUCCUUUGAGUUUGAAGAUGUCCGACUUACUGUUGUUGCUGGAACAGGAGGCAAAAACAGCCGUUGACCUUUUUAGAGAGAAAGAUAAGCAGUAUACAGAACAGAAGAAGAAGAUGGCGGCAGUAAACCGAGUUAGUAUUUCUAUUUACGAUGUGGAUAUCAACAAGGUAGCUUAUGACCAGGAGAAGGAGGAGCAGGCCUCGUCUUCUUUCUUUGACAAGUACUAUGUGUGUGUGCGCGAUAAGUUUAGGGAGAAGGAUGCAGUGGCCUUAGAGAAAGUUGAGGGACUCUUUAUCGAGUCGCGACAAUUGGUGGCCAAAUGUACUGAUGGAGAAGUCUAUGAAGUAUUAGGACAACAUACAGCACCUGAGCAGGUGUACAAAGCGAUAGAAACGGCUGGGUACUAUACAAAGCGGCCGAGUUUAACUCGAGAAGAGUAUUUAGCUCAGGUAGCGCAAGAGAAGGAUGUAGAGGCCGACUUUUUAAGGGUGGAGGACUCUGUUAGGGCAAUGGUGCGUGGUAAGACGCCACGACUCUUUUUGUUAUUGGUUCAUGUGAAAGUUCUAGCUUUGUAUAUCGAGUCAUUGCUAAGGUUUGGGUUUCCGGGCACGUUUGGGUUCUUUAUUGUGGAGGCACCGGCUGUGCAGAAAGUGCUAUCUAAAUGGAAGCGGGUAGGGAAGGCUUGGAAGUACUCUAAGCGGGUGCAAUCAGCGGAAAGUGCCCAUUUAGUUGGUGAAAGUGAGCCAAUCUAUGAUUUUGUUUACCGGGUGGUUGAUAUAAGUGACAAAGACCCAAUAAGGGAGGAGAAGAAUGAACCAUAA